CUUGCAUCAAAUGAUCAAAUCAAGAAAGUAGAGUGGUUGUAUUGAACUGGUGGGCUCUCCACUUAUUUCCAUUCCCCUCCUGGAUUCUACUGGUUCUCUCGCCGUCUCUCCUGAGCCACCGCUUCUCCUCCUUACAACGCUCGCUCUCUCUCUUCCCCUCCCCCUGUCGUUUCAUCCCACUCCGUCCCUUCAUUUUUCUCGGUACUUCCUUCUUUUCCACCCCUUCGACAUUUUGAAAGUGGACUCGGAAUCAAUCAAUAAAUAAAGAAAAGAAAAGCAGCGCAAGGAAUCAAUCCCACCAGGAUGGAUCCGAACAACAAUCGUCUCCACCUGAAUUUUGGGGGAGGCUUCAAUAAUGCCGCCGCCGCCAACAACAACAAUCGCGCAUAUCCCACCACCCCCUCCGCCUUUCCCCAGCCGAUGUACCAGAAUCAGGGUCCCCAGGAGUAUAUGGAUCCCCAGUACGGUCAGGGCUACUUCAUGAAUAAUCCCUAUCCGCCCCAGCAGCCCGCCGGGUACCCCCAUCCGCAAUAUGGCCAGCAGAACGUGCCCUCCCCGCAACCGGCUUACCAGUCUCGCAUGGCCUACCCCCCCAGUGAUGGCACCAAUGGUCUCAUCCAGCAGUUCUCCAACCAGGAUCUGAACGCCAGUCGCACCGGUUUCUUUGGUCGCUCCGCCUCCCCCGCCCAGCGGCCCCGGACCGGCGGGGGCUCUCCGGCCCCCGGUCAGCCCCCUCAGGGCCAUCUGGUCCCUCCCAUGCCCCGCAGCCCUCGGGUUGCCGACAAUGAAGAGCUUCAACGGUACCCGGAACGGUUCUCGGAGAAUGUGCACAAGCGAGGCAAGGCCGCUAAGGAGUUGGUCAAUGUAUUCUUCAACGAGAACAUCGAGCGGGCGCGUGAUCGCAACAUGCGGUCGGCGGAGCUUGAUAAGAUGAUCCGGGACCCCGGUGUCCCCACGGACAAGAAGCGCCACGAAGGCGAGAACGUCGCGCGGAAGGAGUCCAAUUUCCUGCGAUUCCUCCGCACCAAGGAGUCCCCUACCAAUUUCCAGACCAUCAAGAUCAUCGGCAAGGGUGCGUUCGGUGAGGUGAAGCUGGUGCAGCGCAAGACCGACGGCAAGAUCUACGCCCUCAAGUCCCUGAUCAAGACGGAGAUGUUCAAGAAGGACCAGCUGGCCCACGUCCGCGCCGAGCGCGAUAUCCUGGCCGACUCCAAGGACAACCCGUGGCUCGUCAAGCUCCACGCCUCCUUCCAAGACACCGCCUACCUCUACCUACUGAUGGAAUUCUUGCCCGGUGGUGAUCUGAUGACCAUGCUGAUCAAGUACGAAAUCUUCUCCGAGGACAUCACCCGCUUCUACAUGGCCGAGGUCGUCAUGGCCAUCGAGGCCGUCCACAAGCUCGGCUUCCUGCACCGCGACAUCAAGCCCGACAACAUUCUGCUCGACCGCGGCGGCCACGUCAAGCUCACCGAUUUCGGCCUGUCCACCGGCGGCAAGAAGACCCACGACAACUCCUAUUACCAGAACCUCCUGAAGAACUCCACAUCCAAAGACAAGAACCGCAACUCGGGCUACUUCAACGACGCCAUCAACCUGACCGUUUCCAACCGAGGACAGAUCAACACCUGGCGCAAGUCCCGUCGCGCCAUGGCCUACUCGACCGUCGGUACUCCCGACUACAUCGCCCCGGAGAUCUUCAACGGGCAGGGCUACACCUACCUGUGCGAUUGGUGGUCCGUCGGCGCCAUCAUGUUCGAGUGUCUGGUGGGCUGGCCGCCUUUCUGCGCCGAAGACACCACCGAUACUUACCGGAAGAUCGUCAAUUGGCGCGAGUGCCUUUACUUCCCUGACGAACUCAUCCUGUCUCGUGAAUCCGAGUCUCUGAUCCGAAGUUUCCUGUGCGACCCCGACCACCGCAUCGGCAAUGAUGGCGGCCAGUUUGGCGGCGCCACGCAGAUCAAGAACCACCCGUUCUUCCGCGGCGUGGUCUGGGACCAGCUUCGCAACAUUCGCGCGCCGUUCGAGCCGCGGUUGAGCUCCAACAUCGACGUGUCGUACUUCCCGAUCGACGAGAUCCCGCAGGAGGACACGAGCGCCAUCCACAGGGCCCAGGCGCGCGCCAUGCCCGACGAGCAGGAGGCGGAGAUGAGCCUGCCCUUCAUCGGGUACACCUACAAGGCCUUCAACGCUUUCCAGGCCAACUAAAGCCCUUGAAAAAGAAAACACAAAAAGAAAAAAGAAGAAGAAGAAAAAUCGAAUGUCUAUCGAAUUUGUUGCAUUGUGCCGGGGGUCGAUCAACCUGGAGAGCCUGAAAGCGGGGGCGGGCUUGCGCCGAUGUCUUUCCAGCGGUUUCAUCUAGAUUCAUCUCAAAGUCGUCUUUGUU